AUGAAUGAAUUGACUAAUUUUCUCAAGAAAUCCGAAAUAUUUGUAUAUAAAUAACUUGAAAUUCCAGACAAACAGUAAUCAGAUGAAAUUGAAUAAGUGAAAGAUAAUCUUUAUAAGAAGAAAUGGUAAUAGAAAUCAAUAUAGAUUAAAAAAUUAAUAUUACGAAAAAUAAAAGACUCAUAAUAGGAAGCAUUUUAAUAGAUCUUAAAUUUAAAUUUCAGAUAAGUCCUUAAAAUGAUUGGAUUACUGCAGAGACAGUUUCAAAAUCAAUCUCUACUCAAUAUCUAAUAAAUAAUGUGUCUUUUUUUUUCUCAAGAUAUAUCCUGUGAAUACUAACAAUAUUACUCUCCUUUUAAGAAUGAAAUAUGCAUGUGCGUUUUGUACUGA